AUGCCACGUGGAGGUGGAGUUCAUACAACAAAAAGGCUAAGCGGAUGUCAACAAAGAAAAGCCAAAAUAAAGAAAGAUGAAAUACUAUCUACAUUGCGCGGAUCUAUGAUGCAAUAUGUAAAGGGAUCAGAUGAGGCCCAGAGUUCUUCCAAAGACACAGUCCUCAACCACAAAAUGAUGAGACUAAUUUAUCUGAUGCUGGUAUGCAAAAUAGAGCUUUUAUUAGAAAUACCAAGACUGAGAAGAUAUCUGAAGGCAGCAGAGAUUGAUCUUGAAGAAGCCAAAGACUGGUCAGUACUUGACAUUUUGAAAUUCAUAGUUGAAUGGGACUUCCUAGAAUCUCUCAGUGAGCCUACAAUUAUUUCUUACAAUCUGUGUGUCUGUGGCUUCAUGUGA